UAUAUGUUUGUCAAAGAAUUCGUAAUGUGCAUGGAAUUAUAUUUAUAAUUAUAAUUAUUUUAUUUUUCUCUUUUGUUGGUAAAUUUGUGGUUAAUUGGUGAUGAAUCUUCUUGUUAUUAUAGACAAUGCCAAAACCUGGAAAGAGCAUGGUGGCCUCGUCAAGAUGUGGAUCAAUAGAACCAUUUCUUGCGAACUCACCGGGACAGUUCUCAAACCGAAAAGCUUUGCACGUGAUCUUUGGCUUGCCUUGGAGAAUCUAUUUUGUGAAAACAAGGAGAAUCGUGCACUCCAAUUGGAAAACGAGCUUCGUGCCAUCACCAUUGGAGAUGAUCUUUCUGUGAAAGAGUACUGCCGCAAGCUGAAGACUCUCGCUGAUAUAAUGGCUAACGUCGACUCACCAGUCUCGGAUCUCAUCCUCGUCAUGCACUGUCUCAACGGCCUUAAUGAAAAAUUUGAUGGCAUCCACAAUAUCAUUCGACAUCGCUCAUCACCAUUCCCCCAAUUUCAGCGAUUGAUGCUCCAAUCAGAAGAGGAUGGCCUGAAGAAACAACGACACCAAUUGGUGCAUUCCCUUGCAUCUGCUUCCUCCCCGAACAUCAUCUAUGUUAAAGAUCAAGCGUCGCAGCAUCAAAACUACAACAAUCGAGGCAGCAACAAGAAUCAUGGAUGCGUUGGCGAUCGUGGCAAUUGCGGACGUGGUCGCAACAACAAUAACUCCGGCCAGCAGUUGUCCGGUUACUCCGGCACGCCAAACUUUGUACUCCCAGUGGAGCUAUGAGCCUCCCCAAUGGACGUACCCAUAUCCGUAUUAUCCAUCUUCAACAUCGUACCAAAACCCAGUUUGCUCAUCCACCUAGGCCUAAUAGCAUACUCGGCCUAUAUGCAUGCUCCUCGUCCUAAAUAUGAAGCCCAUCUGAUUCAUAACUCCGCUGCUAGCUCCAACUCCAUAAUACUGACGGCUCUUGCUCAUGCGCGUAAUACCAUGACACUUCGGGAUCCAAAUGAUCCAUGGGUUAGAGAUACAUGAUUCACUGAUCACAUCAGUGCUCAACAAGCCAACAAGGAUCCUUAAACCAGGCAGAUUCUUCUCUGAUAUUACAUCCCAGGGGCCACUCUACACGUUGACACAACCAAGUUCGGAUUUUUGUACUAAGGAUAACAUGACAACCAUGUGUCAUGCAUCCGAUUUGGGUAAACAUGCUCGUCUUCCAUUCUUCCUGUCUUCUUCUAUUGUUACUAAACUGUUUCAAAUAACUCACUCCGAGUUUUGGACAUCUUCCAAUAGUGGUUUUAAAUACUAUAUGUUGUUUCUGUAUCAUUUCUCACAUUACAUUUGGGUUUAUCCACUUCAAAAGAAAAAUGAAACCUAUGGAAGAUUCUAGCA